AUGUCACAAUUUAACGAGGACGUCGAAAAACAAAUAGGUGACGACCAAGUGGGAUCGUCCCACUCUCAACCUACCGCAGUCCAGGAAGAAGGAAUUCAGCCCGUGGUUCACUCUGACGAUGGCAAGUACCUUUGGCUGGGUGGCCGCAAGUACCUGAAAAGCGAUCUCGUGAGCGCGUUUGGUGGUACUUUGCAACCGGGAUAUGCUCCUCCAAGCGUCCACAAGUUUGCCAAUCCAGCGCCUCUAGGGCUGUCCGCUUUCGCCCUGACGACGUUUGUUCUGUCGAUGAUCAAUGCCGGCGCUAUGGGUGUUUCCAACUCCAGCGUGGUGGUGGGUCUCGCCGCCUUCUACGGAGGUUUAGUCCAGCUACUUGCAGGAAUGUGGGAGUUGGCCCUGCAGAACACGUUCGGUGGACUGGCAUUGUCGUCGUAUGGUGGAUUUUGGAUGAGCUACGCAGCCAUAACCAUCCCAUUCUUCCAUAUCGCCGACUCGUAUACCGAUGAAACGGAACUGAACAACGCGCUCGGCUUCUACCUAUUGGGCUGGACCAUUUUCACCUUUAUGUUGGUGCUUUGCACCAUGAAAUCCACCGUCGCGUUUUUCUCACUCUUUGCGUUUCUGGACCUCACAUUCUUGCUGCUCGCUGUUGGCCACUUGGCUCCGUCAUCCGGAUGUAUUACUGCAGGGGGUGUGUUUGGAGUGAUCACCGCUUUCAUCGCAUGGUACAACGCCGCAGCCGGUGUGUUUGACGAGGGCAACUCUUACGUGACCAUCAAGCCUAUCAAUCUGCCCAAGUUCGGCAAAAAGAACAACUGA